AUGCAAGGUUUUUUCGGAAGACCUGUCGAUAACCUAUUUGCUGAGCCCUUGAUUGCGCGCUGGAUCCGGAUGAAUGUGCCUCGCUGGAAUGAAGCUGUUGUAGUCACAAAAAAUGCCGGCGGAAGCAAAAGGGUGACAUCCUUGGCGGAUGCGCUGAAGCUAAACUUUGGUAUCGUGAACACAGAUCGGAGCCGGGGAAACAUGAACAGUGGAUCAGGAAGCGCCAUAUUUUUCGAUUCUGUUGAUCGCGGUUUUCCCUCACCGCAGGACGAACAGACCCCUGUUGAUCCGGUUCCUCAGACCGAACCACCCGGGUCCCAACCUCCCUCAACAAGAGUUCCCGUUCGACCUUCUCAACGAAAUGUCUCCCCUAGUCCAUUGGCAAGAACGGCGUCUGCUGCGGAGUCUGAAUCACCACCGACGCCACCACACGCCUCGACCACUGUCUCGCAACAAAUCGAAUCGUCAUUUUCUGCGCGCCGUCCUUCUGAGCAAGAGGCCGCGUUCGAGUACACCGAUGAGCGCGCGCGAGAGGUGAUCACAGGUAGAUUGGUGCAGGGCCAUAUUGUUGACGAUGACUACUCUUCGCCAAUUCUCUCGUCAACUUCUGUUAACACGAUUUCUGGAGAUAGGAAUGGCACCGAAUAUGAACCAUCCUCGCGGGAUCCCAUGACCUUAUCUUUUAUCUCCAACGCAUCGUCCUUCCAUCCUGACCAUGCCCUAGGAGGCUCAUUUGAUGCUGCCGCUUCCUCCGACGAAGAAGAUAAUAAGCAGGAAAUGUUCACUCGUGAGAGGACGGUAACACUCGUUGGUGAUGUGAGGGACAAGAAAGUGUUUAUCGUCGAUGAUAUGAUUGAUAAGCCGGGUUCGUGGAUCGCAGCUGCGGAGACAGUGGUGAAGAGGGGCGGGGCCAAAAAGGUGUACUGCAUCGCCACACAUGGCUUGUUUAAUCAUGACUCACUGCAGGAGAUGGAGGCCUGCAAGUGUAUCGAUUAUAUUGUAAUCACCAAUUCGUUUCCGAUCCCCCCGAACGCGAUGGAUUCGAAAAAAUUGAUAGUCAUCGAUUUAUCGGCGCUCCUAUCAGAAAGCGUAAGGCGUCAUCACUACGGAGAGAGUAUCUCUGCCUUGUUCCAAAGUAAUGACUAG